AUGUCCGCCUUCGAUACCGCAGUCGCAGACUCCAAGAAGCUUACCUCCAAGCCCAGCAACGAUGAACUGCUAGAGCUCUACGGACUGUACAAGGUUGCGACAGGCGAAGAUAUCUCCAAGGCCGAGAAGCCAGGCAUGUUCGAUCUCAAGGGCAAGGCGAAGAAGACUGCAUGGCAAUCCAAGGUCGACGAGGGUCUUACGUCUGAUGAGGCGAAGGAGAAAUACGUUGCGCUGGUGGAGAGCUUGAAGGAGAAGCUGGGAUAUGAUGCGGAUAAGGUUCCGGAGGCUGUGGGCGCUUAG